AUGGCAAUUGCAAUAGUGGAUAUUAUUUCUUCAUUGUAUGAUAUCCAUACAGGAAUUGUGCAGUUUUACAAGGUUAUCAAUGUUUGCUAUUCGAAGAAAAGUGAUUAUUAUAUUAUACUGAUCAAUGUGAUUAUGGAAUCCAUUCGUAACUAUACCAGAAGAUGUUCCACGUGGCUUAGCUUCAGUAUUGCUCUCAUCCGAACUCUAGUCAUCAAGUAUCCAAUGGAUCCCAGAUUUGAGAUUCUUUCAAAACCACGUGCCGCAUUUUACGUAAUUCUAGCCACCUUGAUCUUAUGUGCUCCAAUUAAUGUGCUGGAUGUAUACAAACAUGACAUAGGGUACACAGAAGGGUACAAGUGUACUCAGCACCCGGUUUUCAACAUAAUCCCUUGUAUUUUAUUCCCUAUUGUCACUGCCUUGUUGGUUAGAGAAAUACGAAAAGCUAAUACGAAACGACUAAAAAUGAAGUCAUCUACUCCGAAUAACUCCAAGAACACAUCGAAACUAGUGUUGUUCCUAACACUGCCAUUCUUCAUUGCAGAACUCCCUCUUGGUAUCGCUUUCGCUAGCAGUCCGUUCAAUAUUUUUCAUGGUGUAGCUGGUGUAACUGGUUUUAUCUUUCUCCGACAAGCAUUCGAAAAAUAA